AUGGAUGCGGCAAAGGCGGUGGCCUGCUUCUUCAAGGCUGGGGAGCUGGGAGAGAAGAACGCGUUGUUCAACCUCGGGGUCUGCUACAGUCAAGGCAUCGGGGUCGAAGAAGACCUAGUGAAAGCCUUUGAAAACUUCAAGAAGUCUGCAGACCUCAAAGACAUGAAGGCUGAGCUUCAAGUAGGUAUCUGCUACAUGGUGGGCAAGGGAACGGAGGUGGACGAGGAGCAGGCCGUGGCCUACUUCAGAAGAGCCGCUGAGCAGGGGGAUGCCACCGCUCAGUACAACAUGGGAGUGUGCAACGGGAAGGGACGAGGCGUGAAGAAGAGCCUGGAGGAGGCAGCUCGCUGGUACAGGAAGGCAGCGGAGCAAGGAGACAGCAUGGCUCAGUUCAGGCUCGCUCUAUGCCUGGCAACGGGCAAGGGAGUGGCCAAGGACUUCCCAGAGGCCAUCAGGUGGUACGAGAAGGCGGCGGAGCAGGAGCAUGGGGGAGCUCUCUUCAACCUCGGGGUCUGCUAUGCACAAGGGGAUGGGGUUGAGCAGGACCACACCAAGGCCGUCUCCUACUACAGGAAGGCCGCUGACCUCGGGGUUGUGCAUGCUCAGCACAACCUGGGGCUCUGCCUCCUCACUGGGCAGGGCGCGGAGCCGAGCCCCGAGGAGGCGCUACUUUGGUACCUGAAGGCUGCGAAGCAGGGAGACGCUAAGGCUCAGUUUGCCGCUGGCGUCUGCUAUGAGAGCGGGCAGGGAGUGGACAAGGACGUUGACAUGGCGAUGUCGCUGUACGAGCAGGCGGUCAAGGCCGGGAACGCCAAGGCCAUGAGACUGAGGAUCCAGAAACGUGAGUGA